AUGCCAUCGCCCGUCGAGAAGCCGGCAGUGGCCGAAGAACUGCACAAUUCUCAAAGCCAAGAAAGCAUACAAGUCGUUCAGAACGCCCAUGCAUCGUCAACAGAAGGACUAUCUUUGUCAGACGCGUCGACAAUGAUCAAAGAACUGCAUAGUUCUCAGAGCCAAGAUAGCAUCGAUGUCAUCCCACAUCUCUGCAGAUCAACAGAAGGACUAGCCUCCUCGAACGCAUCGACUACGGCCGAGAAACUACCAGUAGUCAAGGAACAACGAAAUUCACAGAGCGAAGAGAACAUCGAAACUCACCAACACCCCGACCAGAACGACUGCUCAGAUGCAUCGACGAUAGCCAACGACGAUACCCCGGCCGCUGUCCGCCAGACCACCACAACGGAUCUAGGACCCGCGAUUAUUGUCCCAAGACUAAAACGCCGAGGCCUCUUUGCCCAGUUAGCCCUUGUCCCCGAAGUUGAGAACGCAAAGACAUACUCGCGAAAGACACGAUGGUUCCUCACAAUAGUCGUGGCGGCUGCUGGCGCGACUGCUCCCAUGGGAACGUCAAUUUUCCUCCCUUCUUUACACGAAGUCACGGCCGACUUGAAGUCGACUGAGACCGUUGUCAAUCUGUCCAUCGCUCUGUAUAACCUGGCCAUGGCCAUUUUCCCUCUUUGGUGGUCUUCAUUCAGCGAAGCGUUUGGACGACGCUCCAUCUACAUUACUUCAUUUUCGUUAUGCGUUGUAUUUAAUACGCUGAGCGCUAUUUCUACUAACGUUUCUAUGCUUAUUGUUAUGCGUUUAUUAUCUGGAGGUGCUGCCGCUUCCGCCCAGGCCGUUGGAGCUGGCUCCAUAGCCGAUAUGUGGGAGGUCAGAGAGCGAGGCCGGGCCAUGAGCUACUUCUACAUGGGACCUCUCUGCGGACCAUUCCUAGCCCCUAUUAUUGGCGGUCUCUUGGCCAACAAAUGGGGCUGGAGAAGCACCCUGUGGUUCAUGGUCAUCUUUGCCGGUGUAGUUCUCUUUAUCAUCCUCUUCGUGCUUCCAGAAACCUUGGCCGUACGAAGGAAUCCUUUGAGAGAAGCCGAGCAAUCAGAUACACGUCCACCACUAGAUAGAUCUACGAGCAAAGUUUCCUCCACAGCAGUGGCUCGCGGCGCGACCAAGUGGUUGAAGGCUCUGAAAAUGGUUUUUAUCGACCCGCUGGCUAUCAUCCUGUAUCUGAAACACCUCCCUAUCCUACUCACGAUAUACUACUCAGCCGUUACCUUUGGCUCGCUAUUUGUUCUCAACAUCAGUGUAGAACAGACUUUUCAACGUCCUCCUUAUGGCUUCUCCACGCUCAUUACCGGUCUACUUUAUCUUCCUAAUUCCCUAGGAUAUAUGAUCACGAGUGUCUUCGGUGGCAGAUGGAUGGACAAUAUCAUGCAUCGCGAAGCCGUCAAGGCAGGCCGAUAUGAUGAGAAGGGGAAACUCAUCUAUCUCCCUGAAGACCGGAUGAAAGAAAACGCUUUGAUAGGUGCAUUUCUCUAUCCGGCGCCGCUAAUUGUCUACGGGUGGACGGUGCGGUACGGAGUACAUUGGAUAGUGCCAAUGAUCGCAAACUUCGCUUUCGGAAUCGGCAGCAUGCUAAUCUUUGCCGUCUCGGUCACCAUGCUGACGGAAUUCCUACCACGAAAAUCCUCCGCGGGAGUCGCACUCAACAACUUUGUUCGCAACUUGUUCUCGUGCGUGGGCGCAAUGGUUGCGUCCCCCAUCAUCAACGCAAUUGGGAAUGGCUGGCUAUUCACAAUCCUGGGCUUGGUGGGCUUCGUGUCCGGAGCGGCCGUUUUGACGAGUAUGAAGAAGUUUGGGCCACGAUGGCGAAGGGGAUUGAUUGACCAUUGA